AUGGCGAUUAUUAGAAAGAUCGGGGAAAUCAAUGAGAUCAGCGAGAUCAGUGAGAUCAACAAGGCCAACGAAACUAAAGAAGAAAACGAGACCAACAAGGCCAAUAAGACCAACGAGACCAACACGACCAACAAGAUCAACCAGACCAACCAGAUCAACGAGAUCAAUGAGACUAAAGAGACCAACGAGACUAACAAGAUCAACGAGAUCAACGAGACUAACGAGACCAAUGAAACUAACGAGACUAGCGAGACUAACCAGUCUAACGACACCAACGAGAUCAACGAGAUCAACGAGACCAACGAGACUAAAGAGACCAACGAGACUAACGAGACUAACGAAACUAACGAGACUAACGAAGCCAACGAGACUAAAGAGAAUAAUUAG